AUGCUUCAGCAAGUGCUUGCAGAAGAACCUCCUACCCAUGUAGUGGGUUCUCAGGGUCGAAGAGGAAUAUUGCCCAGUGCACCGGGUCGCCCCCAGGUCACUGCCACUGGUCCUGGAUCCACAAAAAAUGCCAUGAUCCCCGCAAAGGAUGCUGAUGGAAAAUUCCCAUGUCCUCAUUGUACUAAAACAUACCUUCAUGCCAAGCAUCUCAAGCGUCAUUUAUUGAGACAUACUGGAGAUCGCCCGUACAUGUGCGUACUUUGUCGUGACACCUUUUCCCGCAGUGAUAUCUUGAAGCGUCAUUUUCAGAAAUGUUCAAUUCGUCGUGGAAACCCUACAGGAGCAAGUCACUUGUCCCAUGCGCAAGCGCAUUUGAAGAAGUCACAUCCGGGACCAAAAGCACAUCAGCCAAUGGGCCCAGAGUCUGAUCUUAUGGGUAUGAAUGGUAUGAAUGGUAUGCCAAACGAUGGCUCAAUGCACCCAUUUGGUGUGGUUCCCGAUGGAAGUAUUGCCGAUGCUGGUUCUAACCUAACAGAUGAUCAAGCUUCGAAAGCUUCGAACGAUCUUCAGCGACUCGGCAACCCCGAUAACCGAGACCGAAGGAUUAAUGGACCUGCGGCGGGCGGUUCGAGUCGAUCGAGUUUUGAUCAAGGCUAUGGAGGAGGAAUGCCGAGUACUAUGUCUUCCGCUAUGAACCCUGCCAUGGCAUUCAGUAUGCCAAAUGGUCAGAAUGGUCAUUCUUACAGUCAGAGCUACGAUUUUGCUUCUCAAGGCAACACUGCUAACUUGCAUGCGCAGUCGAUGGAGGGAAUGUCAACUGUUUCUAACGGAAGACCUCCGAUGCCUGUCUAUGCAGGAGCGAACGCCAGCCAACAUCCGAUACUCGACUGGCCUCACAUGCAACCGAACGGUCAAAACAACUUCAUGACUCCCUACAACAACUCGAACCUCACGAACCAACAAAUGCAGAUUAAACAAGAACCUUACAACUCGAAUCUCGCGAACACACAAAUACAAAUAAAACAAGAACCUUCUAACCACGGUUUAUUCAAUGGUGUUGUCUACCCAGGUGCUCCCGAUAUCCCAAGUUCUGAUUUCUCCAAUUGGAACAUCCCAGCUCCAAACGACCCACUCCAGCAAAUUUCAAGCCAAUUGCUAAACUUUUGCCUUAACGCACAUUCACAACUCAAUGCUCGCAGUCAAGAAAUCAGAAAAUUUCUUUCCGCAGAUAACAUUAAGCACUUCCUUGAACAGUUCAGCAAUUUCCAAGGGCAUUUCCCCAUCAUCCACAUGCCUACGUUCCGUAUCACGGAUUCCUAUGAAGGUCUUCUACUAGGUAUGAUCUGCAUUGGCGCGGUUUACUCUGAUCGCAUGAACCCAGCUCAGGUCCGCGAGAUGAUGGAAGUUAUGAAGAUGGUAAUAGAAUCCAAUUCUCAAGUCUAUUCGAUCAUUUCCCGAGGACCAAGUGGUGACUAUCCCAACGAUUCAAUUGGCUCUUCCAAGUUUGAAAUUGAGCAAAUCGCAGCUAUAUUUAUGAUGCAAGUUCUUUUCACAUGGCAUGGUACACCACUUCAGCGCGAGAAAGCCAGACGUGACUUCCCCAUGGUUGUUUCUCUAGCCAGAAGGGCUGGUCUCACACAACCAAUGACCACGAGCCCUUUCAGCGUUCUGCACCAAGCCCAUGUAAAUGUUGAUGCUUUUGUUGCCGCAAACUUUGAUUGGAAUGCUUGGGUUGAGCAGGAAAAAAGAUCUAGGCUACUUUAUAUGAUCUUCUUACUGGAUUCUGCUUUGGUUAUAUUCUUCAACAUUGCGCCUUCUUUUGAUGCACUUGAGAUUAGACUUCCUCUUCCUGCUGAUGACGCUGCGUGGGAGGCUCGCUCUUCUGCGGAGUGCGCGGAUGCUCUCGGUCUUAAUGGUGCCGCGGUAUCAGCCCAAAAGAACCCUGAAGGCAACCGACGACGCAAGCAGCCCGAGAUGCACACCGUCCUGAAGACUCUGAUGCAUCAUACUUAUGACAUGCAACCCGGAACCACGAACUUGUUCUCCAAAUUCGUUCUGGUUCAUGCUCUUCAUGUGCAAUUGUGGACUGCUCAGAAACAGGUGUCACAAGAAUCUGGGCAAAUCGCUGCAUCCUUGAACAGUGGAACAAAUACACCACUAAGUCAAAAUGACUGGGUGAUCAGGAGCGGGGAUCAAAACGGCAGUGGGGCACCAAGCGCAAAUAACAGUGGGCGGGCAACUCCUGUCGAUGGCCAAUCUCUACUUUCUCAUCAGCUUCUCAAAUCUGUCACGACAGCCUUCGAAAAGUGGAAGAAAGCGUGGGAUGAGGAUAUCAGCGUUCAAUACCCCCCAGGAGCUUCUUAUUCCCGCCGCUUUGGGUUCUGUCGCGAUGGUGCACAUUUUUACUGGCUUCAGAAGUGUAUGCUAUCUCAAAAGCUUGACUGGCAAAUGCCUUCGGAUCAAAGGUUCACACAUGUGAUUCAAUUGCUCAAAUUUUCUAAGCGAUGGGCCUCCACCGAUACAUCAAAGCGAGGAGAGGAGCCUGGAUCGGUCAGUGACAUUGACAAAGACUUCGGCGUAUCGAACUUGACACUAGACAUGGCCCAAUUGUUUAGACCAGUAAACGCAAAGAUUGAUUCCCCUGUCCAGGGCGUACAUACCAACAUUUAG